GACAAAGUACUAGUUCGCAUUGGUAGUACAGCAACCAUGAGCUCGGUUUUGUGGAAAUCCGUGCUGGUGACGGGCUCCAGCAGAGGAAUAGGACUACAGCUGGUCACAGAGUUGGCUCGAAGCUGCAACAGACCCGGUAUCAUAAUAGCCACAGCCCGCGACCCGACUACUUCCACGGAUUUGCAAGAACUCUCCAAAACCUACCCGGGUGUUCAUAUUGUAAAAUUAGAUGUGGACAGCCAGCAGAGUAUCAGCUCAGCCCUGGAGGAGGUCCAGUCCAUUGUGGGAAAUAAAGGACUCAACUGUCUCAUUAAUAACGCCGCAAUCGGAUUCUCAAUGGAUUUAAACACUGUAACCCCAGAGGCUAUGAUGAAGACCUUCCAGACAAACAGUGUUUCACCUCUCUUUGUCUCAAAGACCUUCUUGCCUCUGCUGCAGACUGCUGCAGCUCAGUCAAGUGGCAUGGGGAUCCACAGAGCAGCCGUGAUUAACAUCUCAUCUAUUCUUGGCUCUGUUGAAUGGACCUGGGGUGAAAGUGCCAACUUCAAGAGCUAUGCCUACCGAACUUCUAAGGCAGCACUGAACAUGUUGACAAGAUGUCUAGCCGUUGAUUUAGGAUCAGAUGGAAUCCUUUGUAUGUCUCUGCAUCCUGGCUGGGUCAAGACUGACAUGGGAGGGCCUCAUGCUGAUUUGACAGUAGAGGAGAGCGUUUCUGGAAUGCUGUCUGUCCUGUCCGGUCUCACAGAGUAUGACCAUGGAGGAUUCAAGGACUACCGUGGACAGAACCUACCAUGGCUGUGACACUGUUAGUGCCUUUGCCAGUCAAGAGAAGCUGAAUGCCCUGAAGAUGGUGAGAAAGGACGCUUCCUACGAAGAGGCUUUUACUCAACUGGGCCAGUCAUGGAAGGUGAAUGAUGAACUGUUUCAAAAAGAUGAGAAGUUUGCCUGCUAUAUGUAUGUUGCUAAUAGUAGCACUCAUGAGGUGAAUGAACUGCGCUACCAGCUCUUCUGCACCAAAAGGGGAGAAGUCGAGUCCAGCCAGCUGCCACCAUGUAGAGACCUCUUCAUGCAUGUUCAAUGAGAAAAUUAUCAAGCAGCAAUCUGGAAGCACUGUUCACAAGCUAACCCUGUUGUUCCAAGCCCUACUGAGUAUGGGUGGACAGACAAUGAUGGCAAGCUUGCUAUUCAUUGGAUGAGCUCCCCACCUGCACCCAGAUGUAGUCUCGGAACUACUGGCAUGCAAGUGUGUGCGUUCAUGCAGACUGCCAAGCUGCACGUCUGUCGAACUGAAAUGCACAGACGUGCAGGUUACAGACCUGCAGUAACCAAAAACCACAGGAUGAUACAGAACCUGACUUCGAACUUGGGGAGUCAGAUGGCAAGCUAGACAAGGACUUUGAUGAGUGACAGCAUGCAUAUAGUGAUUCUUUUGGUAUUGUUGGAAAUCUUAUAUACACGGUGUAGUGUAUUGGACUUGUUUAACAUUAACACCAUCUCAGUAUUCAAUGAGUUUGAUAACAAUAAUCUAAUUGUCUCUACAUAUACCGAUCACUAACAAUAUAUGGGAUUAUAUGUAUCAUUGACUAUGUUUAUACAGACAUCAAUUGUGUUUCUAACAUUUAUGUAUUCUCCUACAUGACUUUGGUAUUCCUUACUAUCCUGUAUUUUCAUUGUUUCUUUGUGUAAAGACCAUAUAUGUUACAUAACUGGCAUUGUUCUGGGUACUUUCUCACUAAUAAUACUGAUUUUACCAUUCUGGAUGCCUAUCAUAGGGUGUGGGUAUGAAAUUCAUGGUAAAUACAACUUAGCUGCCAUUCAGCUAAGGUUAUAUCAGAAUAUGUCUUACACACAUGGAGGAUUACAAAAAUCAAUACAAGACUUUGCCACCUCAGGUGGUACCAAAAAGAUAUUUUGUGGGUCUUGGCCCAUGGACUAUCUCUCUCUAUGUGACUACAAGCUACCACCCAAUCUUGUAUUGCUGUUUUUCAAAGACUAAUUUCUCAUGUUUUUAAUUAUUGUCUAAUAUCCUGCAUAAACAUUAAAACAUUAGGGAUUUGAAAAAAAAGCACUGAAGAUGCUCUUAUCCAACUUAUUGAAUGUAUCCUCUGCUCAGAGGCCUGUACUUCAAAGCAGGAUUUGAGGUGGCGACAUAACUUUGAAUUUAAACUACAGCUGUCAACGUUAACACAUUAACACUCAUGAUUAAUUUGGAAACCUUAACACAUUUUUUUUAUUGUAAAUUAAUCAUAUUACCAAACUUGACCCCCACUUCCUCCCGUAUUUUCAGCGUGGAUUUAUACCUGUAAAUUGGCCAAACUGGGCAACUGCAAGGGAAAUGCAGAAAACAUGAGUAGAAAUGUCCCAGUGUGAAAAUUUCAUCUGCACAUUUUGUAGUGAUGAACUGUCUUUCCAAAGUACUACAAGUCUGAAGUACCAUCUUCGGGCAAACCACAUCUUUGCUGAUGUUAGUAAAGAUGUUUGCACCAAAUUAAGCCAAGUUCGUCAAACUACAUUGGCAGAGUGCAGCCAGGGCAAGUCUGUCAACAAAGCUACAACAGCUAAGCUAACAAAUGCAAUCACUAAAUGGCUCGCUGUGGACUGUAGGCCCAUUAACAUUGUUGAAGACCAGGGACUUCAAGGUCUUAUGGCAUGUAGUUGCACAGUUCGCCUAAAGUGAACUGGAUAAGUACAUGCCACCAUCAUGUGUUCCUCCCAAGAGGUGGUGUUGAGCUUCACUGUCCAGGAGAGGUCAGUGGCCAAAUACCUUGAGUACUUAGAGUUCAAUUCUUACAUGUUCCAAUCCAAUUGGUGAAUGUCUCUUACAUUAAAAAAAAUCUGUAAUCUAACUAAACGUCAUUAGAAUGACAUCAAACAAAUGUUUAUCUGAGAUAAUGAUGAAAGGGUAAACGUGCAAAAAAACUGUGGAUAUUCAGGAUAUGUGAACGUAAACUUCAAACAUAAAGGAUACAAGCAUAUACAUUCAACAAUAAGAAAAUUAAACUUUGAAAUAGGAAAUAUAUAUGCUUGGAAUGAUAGUCUGUCCUUUAUUGCAGUGACAGAGAGAAGGGGGUGUUUGUGUACGAUGUGUGUGUUUGUCCUCCACAAGCACUUCAGAUGUAGAUGACUCCAGAUGUUGGGAUCAUCACUCCAGUGAUGGUGAAUUUCUUUGGUUUGAGGAUGUAAAACCAUUCAGUUAAAAGAAAUGUCAGGAGAUCACAGUGAAGAAUGCAAUAUCCUCUUCUCCAGAGGUGUGGUUUUCAUCAUAAUUGACACUUAAUGACCCUUAUCAAGUUCUGGUGGAGGUAGGAGAUGUCCUGUUGUCUCCAAGAGGGCCAUGAGUGUCUCAUCUAGCUUUGCAUAGGACUAUUGUCUCAGCUUGCUUCUCAGACAUCCUGAGGAGCUGUUUGCUUUCCCUUCAUUUGUUCCAUUGUUUGAGUUGCUUCCACUCUGGUUCAUGUAGACAUCGUCUGGGUGUCAGCCUUGCAACACAUUACACUGGUGAGCUUCUGUUUCAAAACCAGGCAUCUGGCUUCAGAUUAGUGAUGGAGUUUGACUCGGGGGAAGUGGCUGUGCCUGGCAGGUCAGUAUUAUGUCAUAAACUUGCUUCAGUAUUGCUUUUUUCAGUAUUGCUUUUUUUCAUAUCCUCCCAUGGGUAAGGGGAAGUGAUUUGGUUCCUCAUUAUGGUAGGUGACAUUGACAUUUUGUGAGUCAGGUGUUAAUAAAUGUUAGCAGUUUCAACAAAAAUUAUUCGACUGAACUCAGUAAAUAACUGACACCAUAUAAUUCAACAGCCAAUAAUUGUAAACCUGUUUACAGGACGCAUUGGUUUUAGGUUUCUGUAUUAAUUUAAUUUGUUUCUUUACUAUUUAUUUAUGUAACUUUGUUGUUACACUAACAAAUGCUCAUUUGACAGUUAUGUCUAUAUAGUGUCUUAAAGGUUUGGAUUAUGUUCAUUUUGUCAUUUCUUACUAUAGAAUAAUGUUACUUUUAAACCAACAACUAAAUAAAUAUAGGGCCAUAGAGAUCAGGAAGUGGGCGAGCAGUUCCAUGAACUGGGACAAGGGGGCCUACACCCUCUUGCAUACCUGGGAUUCCAUCCUCCAGAGACCACCGGACAGUGGGGGGCGUGGCCUGUCUGACAGAUUCUAACAGAUCUGUCAAACCGGUCACAUGAUAAAAAAGGACACUUCAUCACAUGUUGGAUGAUGCUCUGAAGAAGACUGCAGACUUAGUCAAAACAUGUCAGCAAGGUAAAACCAUGCUUUCCUUAUUUUUUAGUUGUCAGUUUAAAACUAACGCUACUCUAUAGUGUCUUUAAGGUUUGAUAGCUCUUUACAAGGGUGCAAGCAUUUGUCUACAUGUACUUAGUUUCUUUACAUCACUAACCUCUGAAUGAUUUGUAUAAAUCAUUGAGCAAGUUUCAGCUCUUGAAUGAUGCUGAUGACGACCCCAUCGUAAUGUAGGCAGUAGUUGCAGAAGGCAGGUUAGAUUUUAUUUUUUCACUUACUUGAAGCUAGUGCCUCUAAGCUGUGGGGGCCAGCUGUGCCCCACCAUAUUCAGUGUUCAACAGCAUUUGGCUAAUCAGUCAGUAACUGAUUGACACAACUCAUAUAACCAAAGGGGAAUUAUCAGCCACUAUCCCGCCUCCAAAGUCGCAAGAGUCAACUUGAUGCGUGUUGAGCAGCUGUUUGCCUGUAGGGAGGGCUGGGCGAGCAAUUCACAUUAAUGCAAAUGAAGCAGAACUGCUUCUUUGCAAGAACAGUUUUCCACUUGCCAACACUGUUCUCUGCACUUUUAUCAUGAGUAAGUACCUGGUUUUUAUGCACACGGGUUUCAUCCAAUUUUGGUGAAUAUAACAUAUGCCAAUUAGCCACAACAUUAAAACUACUGACAGGUAUGCAACAUUGGUCAUCUCAAUACAGUCUAGUGUUAUACUGGGAAACCUUGGUCCUGGAAUUCAUGUGGAUAUUUUACAGUACAUGAAACAAGUGAAAGAAUAUAUUACUCGUUCUUUUACAGCUGAAAUAUAAUUAAUAAGUACUGG